AUGGUUGCACUGAAGGUUUUGAGUAUUCUCGUCCUUGUGAUGGUGCACGUGCUGGAUGCAGCAUUGAUUCCGUGCGUCUGGACGCAGUUUAGACUGAAAAUCUUGAAUGAGGAGAGCAUCGAGCUGCUAAAUAGCAUGGGUGAUCUGCUGCCUCUGAAAUGUUUGGAGAAAGGAUGGCGUGCGUUACCAGAUGACGCGUUUUUUAAAGUACAGGAUAAAGAUCUGGCAGUGGUCAGUCUUGAAGUUCUGAGAGGUGUGGAACGAAUCUUCAAGAACGAACCUACAACUGACACGUGGGACAAGGAAAAACUAGGCCUUUUCAGGAAUGUCAUAUCUUACAGACAAGUGGAAAAUCUGCAGAAAUGUGCGGGUCCAAUUCCUUUCCAAUGUUUAGAUGAAAAGUUUGGAAUAAAAUUGCCCACCUGGGCUCUGCAGUCCAACGACUCCAAACAGGAUGUGGGCGUCACAAAGGCCGUGUUUAAGACCUUUAUGAACAUGGGCUCCCUAAUGGAGAACGACGGCAUUCCGCAGUACUGGGAUUCUGGAAAGCUGGAGAAUUUUGAGAACAUCGUUUAUCGACAAAUCAGUGAAAACAUUUGCAAUUUGGGCCUUUCAGCACAAGAGGAUGAAGACGGCUUUGCUCAGAGAGACGUUGCACUCACUCACUAUUUUCAGAAACUGGCAGCACUUUUGAAAGAGAAGGAGUUCAGUGAUUGUGCAUGGGAAAGGGUACGACAUGAGCUUCUGCGUGUUCUGCAGGUCAUUCUGUUGGAGAACAACAUCUGUACCAGAAUGGCAUUUCAGUGUUUGAUUUGGGUCAGCUCUCUUCUCUUCGCUGCCGAGGUCUGUUCAAUGCCCAUAAAAUGUCAACUUCAGCUGAGGCUCGUCGAAACAACUCACAACUUACUGGAGAACAUGGCGGGUCCAAUUCCUUUUCAAUGUUUAAAUGAAAAGUUUGGAAUAAAAUUGCCCACCUGGGCUCUGCAGUCCAACGACUCCAAACAGGAUGUGGGCGUCACAAAGGCCGUGUUUAAGACCUUUAUGAACAUGGGCUCCCUAAUGGAGAACGACGGCAUUCCGCAGUACUGGGAUUCUGGAAAGCUGGAGAAUUUUGAGAACAUCGUUUAUCGACAAAUCAGUGAAAACAUUUGCAAUUUGGGCGUUUCAGCACAAGAAGAUGAAGACGGUUUUGCUCAGAGAGACGCUGCACUCACACAUUAUUUUCAGAAACUGGCAGCACUUUUGAAAGAGAAGGAGUUCAGUGUUUGUGCAUGGGAAAGGGUACGACAUGAGCUUCUGCGUGUUCUACAGGUCAUUCUGUUGGAGAACAACGUAUAG